GGGGAGGAAGUGCAGAAAACAGGAACCCAGCGCAGCCCUGAGGCUGCUGCGAGCGGCGGUGCUGGGCCAGGGGGCUGUGAACACAUCAGCGGAAGCCGGGGGCUGGGCAAGAUGUGGAAGGCGGUUGUGGGCCACGACGUGUCAGUGAAGGUGGAGGCGCAGAGUGAUGACUGGGACACCGACCCCGACUUCGUGAACGACAUCUCCGAGAAGGAGCAGCGAUGGGGGGCGAAGAGCAUUGCAGGCUCCGGGCGGGCCGAGCACAUCAACAUCCAUCAGCUGAGGAACACAGUGUCCGAGGAGCACGAGGUCAUCAAGAAGAAGGAGCUGGAGAGCGGCCCGAAGGCCUCGUACGGCUACGGGGGCAAAUUUGGAACAGAGCGGGACCGAAUGGACAAGUGCGCCGUGGGCCACGAGUACGUUGCUGAUGUUGAGAAACAUUCCUCACAGACCGAUGCAGCCCAGGGCUUCGGGGGGAAGUACGGCGUGCAGCGGGACCGAGCCGACAAGUCAGCGCUGGGGUUUGAAUACAAGGGUGAAGUGGAGAAGCACUCGUCCCAGAAAGAUUACUCCAAGGGUUUUGGUGGCCGUUACGGUGUGGAGCGGGACAAGGUGGACAAAGCGGCGGUGGGGUUCGACUACAAGAGCCAGGCGGAGAAACACGACUCGCAGAAAGACUACUCAGUGGGCUUCGGUGGGAAGUUUGGGGUCCAGAGAGAUCGUCAGGACAAGAGUGCUUUAGGCUGGGACCACCAGGAGGAGGUGCAGCCCCACGCGUCUCAAACAGAUUAUGCCAGGGGGUUUGGAGGCCGCUAUGGGGUCCAGAAAGACAGGGUGGAUAAGAGUGCUGCUGGCUUUGACGAGAUGGAAGGUCCAACCUCCAGAUACGAGAAAACACAACCAGUGGAGGCAGCAGCUUCCAGUGGUGCCAGCAGCCUGCGGUCCCGGUUUGAGAACAUGGCUAAGUUGGCAGAUGAGGAGAGCAGGAAGAGGGUGGAAGAGGAGCGGGCCAGGCGGCAGGCGCGGGAGGGCCAGGCAGCACGGCGGAAGCAGGAAAUCCCACAGCGAGAGACAGACCGCACAGAGCCACCUCCUGCCCCUGUGCCAGCGAGGGUCCCUGUGAGAGUUGAGCAGGAGCCUGUGCCACGAGGAGAGCAGGAGGCAGAAGGAGAGGAGGAGGAGGAGAUAGCACCCGCGUUGCCCCCAAGGCAAGCAGAUCUGACGGAGGAGCAGGAGGAGCCCAUCUACAGUGAGAGUUUCGACAUCGGUGGAGACUACGAGGAGCUUCUGGAGCACUCUGACUACUGUGACAGUGUCAGCGCGGGCGCUGACUAUGAGGAGCUACCAGCACCUGUGGAAAAGCCGGGUGCCACCUGCAGCCUGGGAGAGGAGGAUGGAGGGGAGGACUACGAGGAGAUCAUUCCCGAGGAGCCCAGCCAGAGCCAGCCCUGCCAGGGGGGAAGCACUUAUGAGGUGGAGAGCCCUGGGAUCUGUGCGGUGGCCCUGUACGAUUACCAAGGAGAUGGAGAUGACGAGAUUUCCUUUGAUCCCAAUGACACGAUCACACACAUCGAGAUGGUGGAUGAAGGCUGGUGGCGGGGGCAGUGCCACGGCAAAGUGGGCCUCUUCCCAGCGAACUACGUGAAGCUCCUGCAGUGAGGCCGUGGUCCGACUGCCUCCUCCCGAACCUCCACCUCUCUCCGCUUCAGCCCUUUAUGCAUAAUUAGCUUAAUUUGGCUCCGCUUGGCACGGACGCAUGCGAGGAAUAGCAGUGAACAACUUGGCAGCAUGGGAGGAAAUGUCCGGGAUGGAUUCUGGUUCCCAUCCCAUUGGGAAAGGUGGGAUGGUUUCAGAACUUGGGGGUGUGAGAUGCGACAUCUUUUCUGUCUGGAUCAUCCCUCACAUCAACCAGAGCGCGUGCAGGAGAACUGUGUCCAUUUCUGUUCCAGCAGGGCAGUUCUCAGACAGGGAACACCAGCUGUGAUCUGGUCAGGGCAGGAGGGAGUGUUGUUUGUCACCUCCAUAGGACAGGCCUUCUUUAUCCCAGGGAACAGUGAUAGAACAAGAUGGGAUGGGCUCACGGUGUGCUGGGCAGGGUCAGGUUGGAGACUGGGAACAAUUUGUGCUCCAAAGAGCAGUCAGCACUGGCACAGGCUGCCCAGAGCAGCGGGGAGUCCCCAUCCCUGGGGGUGUUCCAGGACCGUGGAGAUGUGGCACUUGGGGACGUGGUUGGUGGGGAUGGGUUGGGGUUGGAUGGGGGGAUCUCAGAGGUCUUUUCCAACCUCGGUGGUUCUGUGGUUCUACCAGCAGGGCUAAGUCCAGCAGCUACAGCUGUAGAAUAAGAGGCGAUGCCCUGGGCUGUGGCCCUGACCUCCCCCAUGUGGAUGUGGGGCAGGAGUGCUGUGAAGGCUGAAAGUGCCUUUUUCUCAAGACGGGCUCCCACCUGCAGGAUGGGCCAUGUCUGCAGCGCAGAGUAAAGCGGGCUGGGUCUGUCUGGGCAGGGCAGGGACCUGGGAAUAUCUGACCCUGGCAGUGAACACUGCUGAGUUUGGUGUAAACAGACAUAACUGCAGAUGUCCUGUGGGAUGGAACAGUUCAUCAAGUGUGUGCUGGUCAACAGCAAUGAGGGCCGACCUUGCUCAGGCAGCAGAUGACUUGCUUAGUUUCCCCCUCCAUGCCAAGAACGUUGCUGGGAGAUGCAUCAUUUCUGGGGUAAACAAUGAAGCGUAACAUUUGGAUUGUUUUCUGAGGGUGAUGAUUCUGAACAACGUGCCUUGGAGCAAGAGGAAAACAGCAAACAGCUUCACUCAGAUCAACACCUGGGGGACUCAGAGGGAAAUGUUCUGUGAGGGACAUCCCUUCCAUCUGGCAGAGGAACCAGAAGCACUGCUGGUCGCAGCCCGGGUGAUAUUUCCAAGGGCCCUGUUGUUCCUGUUAAGGACCAUAAGUGCACACACACGCGCAGGUGCUCGGUCAUCGUCUGCACUUGGUGUGCUGAAACCAGGCCACCCCUCCCCACUGUGGAAAUAGUUAUUUGCAGCUAAGUAUCUCACCUGUCAGUAGGAAUUAAUUAUGAGAGGAGUGAAUUGUUCACGUUGGCUGGGGUUCCCUUACCUGAAGGAUUCCCAUUGCUGGUGCUGUUGGCCAUAUCCUGCUUCCCUGGCACGAGUUGGUUGCAUCACUUUGAGGUCUACAAAACCUUUAGCAGCCCUGUUUGGGCAGAGCUCACAACAGCAGCAUCUCUCUGUGCCACACCAUGCUCCCCCCCAUAGCUCAAGCAAUAAACUCUUCUGUUCUGACCUGCUCAUGCCCAUGACCCCUUAUUUCAUGACAGCACGCUGUGCACAGCGAGAAGGGCCCUUGUUUCUGCAGAUAUGAGGAAAAGACAGAGGGUGAGGGCAGCGGGAUUGGAGGAAACACGCACAUCAUUUUUAAAUUUGUGAUGUUCAAGCAGUGUUCAGGAGACAAUCCAGAGCAAACAAAGCUCUCCCCUAAAGCAGUGUGCUCUGGGCUGUAUGCUCACUGCCACUGCAGGAGCUGGUUGUUGGCGUGCAAGUGGUGUGCAAGUGCCAGCACCACCCCUAGGACCAAAGCUCCUGCAAGGAGAUGCAGGAGCGCAUCCUAGCACAGCGCUGAGCUCCAGCAGCAGGAUGGUACCCGAAAGCUGCAGGGGACCCCCAGCUGUGGGUGCUGGUGCUGGUGCAGCUCAGGUUUUGUUCUGCCUCAUCUGCCCCCGGACAGGAGGAGGCAGUUCGGUGCUGACAAAACCACGGUCCCUGUCUGCCACCCAUGGGAAAAGCAUUCUGAGCUGGGUAAGG